CCUUCGACCUCAUCUUGCCUCCCGAUUUCCCCGCCCUCCUCCCCUUUCUCCAAUCGCCUUCCCAUCCUUCCUCUCCUGAGCCGUGCCCUGUCGCGCAAUGGCCGGGCUCCCCUUGCCGGCGGUCCCCACGCUCGGGGAGAUCCUGGCACCACGAGCUCCCGGACUGGCCGCCUCGCGGUACAUCAGCGGCCGGGCGUCGAUUGCCACCUCCACGCCGAGUCUCUUUCCCGGGCUCGGCGGAGCAAAGUCAUCCUCCCCGGCAGAAAGCAGUGUCACCGUGGCGGUGCGCGUGCGCCCGCCCAACUCGGCCGAAGUCCAGUCUGGCCGUGCCACCAACACAGUUCAAGUGCUCGAUGAUCAUAUUGUCUCCUUCGACGCGCCACCACCCGGGACAGCCAGCCAGUCCGGCCGCCCGCCGGUGCCCGGAGAGCGGCGCUUUCGCGACCUACGCUUUGCCUUCGACCGGGUGUUCGGCCCGGAGGCCAGUCAAGCUGCCGUGUAUGAGGCCACAACCAAGCCCCUGGUGGCGGCUGUGCUGGAGAAGGGCUUCAACUGCUCGGUCUUCGCGUACGGCGCCACGGGAGCCGGGAAGACCUACACCAUGCUCGGGUACGAUGGGGUUCCCGGGGUCAUGAUGUUCACCAUGGAGGAGCUUUUCGAGCGGAUCGAGCAGCUCCGCGAUGACCGGGCCAUCGAAGUGACCAUCAGCAUGCUGGAGGUGUACAAUGAAACCAUUCGCGAUCUGCUGGUUCCACUUGGCACGCGGCCCCAGUCGCUGGAUGCGCGGGAGCAGCCUGACGGCGAGAUCACCAUCGCCGGGCUGACCGAGCAUAGCCCCACCAAUGCGGCUGAGGUGCUGGCACUGCUGGGGCUCGGCCACCAGAACCGCACCAUGUCGCCCACCUGCGCCAAUGCCACCUCCUCGCGAUCGCAUGCGGUGCUGCAAAUUCGCCUCCGGCAGCAGCCGCGCAUCAGCGGCUUGCACACGUCCAUCCAGCUGUCCAAGCUAUCCCUCAUCGAUUUGGCCGGAUCGGAGCGCGCCUCGGCCACCACCAACUCCGGCGACCGGUUCCAGGAGGGUGCCAACAUCAAUCGCUCGCUGCUGGCCCUGGCCAACUGCAUCAAUGCCCUGGGUGAUGCGUCGGUGUCGGGCACGACGAAGCAUGUUCCCUAUCGCGACUCGAAGCUGACUCGGCUGUUGAAGGAUUCGCUCGGGGGCAAUUGCAAGACAGUCAUGAUUGCCAAUGUGUCUCCCUCGGACCUGCACUAUGAGGACACCUACAACACGCUGAAAUACGCCAACCGCGCGAAGGAGAUCAAGUUGUCUGUCUCGCGCACGGUCCUGAGCGUGGAGCACCAUGUCACGCAGUACACGAACAUCAUCCGCCAGUUGCAGGAUGAGCUUCAGGAACUACGCGGGCGCCUGGCCGACCGAGACUCCAAGCUGAAGGAGGCCAACCAGCGUCUCCACACGCAAGUGGCGCCGGAGCUCGCUCCAAUGACGGAGCCCGCCCCCACCGCAGCUGACCUGGCCGCCAAGGCCCGGUCCCUGGUUGAUGUCUUCGCCAGCGAGCUGGAGCCGCUGUGCGAGCAGAAGCGUGCCCUGAUGACCGAGGCCAUUCGCCUGCAGAGCGUGGAGAACCAGCUCAAGCAUGCCCGCUGGGUGUGCCAGUCGUCGGGACUGGAUUCGACCCUUCGCCCGGGGCUUGGCCUGGACCAGGCGCAGCAGCGUCUCCGGGAUUUGAUCACAACAUGCCUGGAUGAUGGUGAUGUCCUGACGGCGGGGCUUGACUGUAGUGCAUCAGUCGAUGAGGUAUCUGCCAAGCUGCAACGUCUGCAUGGGGACAUCACGGCAUUGGAGCUGCGCAUGGAUGAGCUGCUGGCUGGCCACCUGCGGGCCUUGGGACCAGCGGCCGACAUCGGCGCAUCAAUCGAUGCGACCCUCCUACGGGCGCAACUCGAUGUCCGGAAUUCCGAGCUCUAUGCAUUCAUGUUGCAUGAGCAGCUUCGCCACAACCAGGGCCUCUUCUCCAAGCAGUCAGGGCUGGUGUCGCAGCUGAUCCAGAUGAACCUUCAGGGUGGCGAGCAGCGCGCCUCGAUCGCGACGGCGGACAUCAGCACCAUCAGUGUUGCUGCUGCUGCUGCUGCUGCUGCUGCUGCUACUGCUGCUGCCGCUGCUGGCGCUGCUCCCGCGGCCUCUAUCGAGGCGGAUCCCGCGUCUGUUGUGGCAAUGGCUGCCAUGACGCCGGUGGCCGGGCCAUCUGGCCUGGCGGAAACCGCACUUGCCGUGGACUUGCUUGCCGAUGAGACGAUGUCCUGCUUCGAUGGGAUGGCCUCCACCGAAGAGCUGCCCACCUUGAGCGACAUCAGCCCGCCAUGGGCGUCCGAUGGUCCCGACUCGGCUCGAGUCCUGGCUGUUGCCGCCGUGGCGGGGGAGCUCGCCUCGUCCCUGAACGCGGUGGACUCGGCCGCCACCAAAAAGCCCUCCCUUCACAAUACCAGCGGCAGCCGAAGCAUCGGCAGCCGCAGCAGGAAGACCAACGCCAAUUCCGGCGCGAGCAUCAAAAACGACAGCAGCGCAAGCCCCAGCACGCCAAGCACCCCGAGCCGUAGCGCGAGGCGGCCGCCUGCUGGUCGGAAUGGCCCGGCCCGGCUGGCCAGCAUCGACUCCGGCUCGAGCUCGGGCACUGGCACCGGCACCGGCACCGGCACCGGCACUGGCACCGGCAUUGUCACCGGUACUGUCCCAUUGGAGACAUUCCCCCUGUCACCGGCGGCCGGUGCCGCGGUCAAGGUGUCACCAUUAAAGCAGGACCUAUCGACAUCGGCCAAUGGGCCGGAUGAUGAAUCGGCCCCGGGGCCGCGUGGACGCACGCGCAAUGCUGCCCUUUCGUCGUUGGCCCUGCGUGCGUCGAAGGCCACGCAAGCCCUGCGACUGGCGGAUAGCCGGAGCCGCCCGGCCCCAUUGGAGCGCACUCCUUCGGCGGGUGCAUCUGCCAGCGCGUCUGGCUCUGCCGGCGGGACGGCAGUAGCCUCGGCCGUCUCGGCGACUGUGGCCGAUGGCCCGGUCUUUCCCCGGGCCGCGGCCGCGAAUGCCCCAGGCCCGGCAGCCGGGACGCCUGGCCGGUCAUCGACAUUGGCAUCGGCAUCGAGCCGAGUGCAGCGCCUGAGCUUCGGCCUGCGGGCGGCGCAGGAUGAACUGCGCCUUGUUCGGGGGCUGGAAUCGCCGCUAACGCCCCCCCCGGCUGGGGGCCCAUCGGCUUCGGAGCAGCCGGCCGGUCGGCGCUUGUCCCACGUGCUCAUGCCCCGCUCGCGUGCUUCCUCCCUGACACCGCCAAAUGCCGUGUUCGCUUCGCGAGCUGUUCUCCGGCCGGGUGGCGACUCGCUCCAUGGGUCGAAUGGCCCAAGCGGCGGCGGCGGCGGCGGCGGCGGGUCGGCUGCCGGGGCGGCCGGCGCUGGUGCGAGUGCAUCCUCCCUUGGGGGCUUCGUUUCGCGACGCCUCUCCGGCCUGACGUCGCUCUCGUCACAUUGGGACGGUCAAGGGGGUGGGUCGUUCCAGCGGCCGGGCCCCUCGGGGGCUUCGUCCUUCGUGUCCGGGGGCGGUGGGGCCUCCUUCUUCGGCGACCGGCGAUAG